AUGUACCAAGUUCCGGCAAUGGCUGCAACCCAGAGUUCCGAGGCCAUACCUGUAACCACCUCCGGCCCCUACAUCACCAUUAUGAAGCGAGCUUCAAUGCCAUCAAUGUCUACCGAUGAUGCUUUGCCGUCACUUUCCUCCGACGCAAUGCCUUCAAUGUCCUCAGAAUCUUAUUCGUAUAGCAUUGCCAUUCCUAAUGGGAGUCCUACUUCCACAGCUAAUCCAUACAUUACCCACUCCAACCUUCCCACCAACCUUGUAUUUAUAAUCAUGGGAGCCAUAAUUGGAGCCAUACUAUUGGGUUUUGCAAUGUACCGCGUCAUAUCAUUUAUUACUGGGCGUCGACUCGCCAAAUCUGACAAAGAAGUGUAUUAUUCCAACCCAUCUUCACUCUAUCAAUUUGGAGGAAGCUCAAGUUCAAAUUCAUCAUUUUUUGAAAAAUCGUCUUUUGCAUCUACUGCAAGUAUUAAUCAACUUUCUAAGCAUGGGUCUGCGGUAUGGCUGGCUUACCGAGAUCUCGACUCGUCAAGCAAUGAUUCAAGUACUCCUGGAAGACUGUACCGUCAAGCAGUAACAGGAAAAGAACCAACUCCAAGACGCAAUUCUAUGUUUGUAAGUCCCGUUCUCGAAGUGAUGAACAAACGUAAUUCGCAAUUGGACCUUCCAUUAUUCAAUAAGCGCAACUCGCAGUUUGAACUUCCGAUGUUUCACGAUAAUUCAGCCGGUCUCAAUCUGUCUUUUAUCAAUGGCAGCGAUAUCGAUGUCAGCGACCGAGUAAGUCGCAACGAUGUCACCGUGGAACGGCCUAGGAUCAAGCGGCCGCCUAGCCAGUACCUCGACGACCUCAUAUCAUAA